UUUUUUUUUCGUUUUGUUUCUCGUACAAAAAAGAGAAACAAAACAAAAAAAAAAAAUAACCUUCCUUUUAAAUUUUUCAUAAAUCAAAUAUUCAUUACUUGGAACGAAAAAAAUGACGCGUUCUACUUACAAAUUUGGUCCUCCUUGGUCAACUAAGGCUGUUUCAUUUCCAAAACCGCGAAGAAUAUUUCAAAAUUCUGGAGCAAGUCGACGUGGAAGUGUUGUUGUAGGAAAUGUUUUUUCUCACCUUUUUACAAAUAGUUUGUCAAGUAGAAAUAGUAGAAUAGAAUUUCCUUUUACUGUAACUGAUCAAGAAAAUUUGAGAAUAGCUGUUCAGGAACAGACAAAACAACAAACUAGUUCUAUUCCUACUACUGCAACAACUGAAAGUACUGUUACUGUUACCUCAACAGAUACAAGUCUCGUGUCACCUUCUCUACGAAAAAAGGAAAGCAAAAAAUUUAUACUAAGUUUUAGUAAUAUAAGUAACAGCAGUAAAAGUUCAAAUCCAACUACACGUAAGAAGUCAAAAUCUAAUACUCCAACAGUUUUCCUAAUAACGAUUGAAGAUAAACAUCAAAUCUUGAGUAUCACAAGACAAAUAACUGAUUUUAUUGAAUUCGAUCAACAGCUCCGACAAGAAUUUCCUAAAUUUCGUCCAACUUUACCUUCAUUGAGUGAUCGUCGACGAGCUUUUCUCUUACCCAAACAAUUCUUUUUUCGUAAAUCUACCGCGGAAAAACUUGAAAGUUAUCUAAGAAAAGUCUUAUCUGACAUUAAAUUAAAGUCUUCGGCCGUACUUAGAGAUUUUCUAAGUGUAAAAAAUGAAAAGGAUAAUUUAAAAUGGAAGGAUCCUUCAAUGAAAUCUGAAAAUUCAUUGGCAUUGAGCAGAUCAAAAUCAAAAGUUUUACGAACAACACAAUCAUAUCAACCUUAUCAUAAAGCGACAAUCGAAGAUUACGAUUUAAUAAAAGUUCUAGGUAAAGGAUGUAUGGGCAAGGUAUUUCUAUCCCGAGAAAGGCAUUCCAACAAAUUAUACGCACUCAAGGCUAUUUCUAAGGAAUGGGUUGUGUUUCGUCAUGAAGUUGAACACACUAAAACAGAGAGAGAUAUUCUCGCUUCAAUUUCAACCAUAUCACAUCCGUUUUUGAUCAGAUUACGCGAAGCGUAUCAGGAUAUUAAUCAACUUUUCCUUGUAUUGGAUUAUUAUCCUGGAGGUGACAUCGCAACUCAAUUGGCAAAGUGGCACAAGUUUGAUGAUGCAAGAUGUCUAUUUUAUGCCACUGAAAUUAUUUUAGGGAUAGAAGAAUUACAUCGUUUAGGAAUAGUAUACCGUGAUCUUAAACCUGAAAAUAUUCUUAUCGGACGAGAUGGACAUAUUGUUCUCACAGAUUUUGGUCUAUCAAAACAAUUCAGACCAAAUUGGCAAAAAACAAAUACGUUCUGUGGAACAGCCGAAUAUUUGGCACCAGAAAUAAUACGAGGUGAAGAAUAUAGUUAUCCAGUUGAUUGGUGGAGCCUCGGAACUUUGCUUUAUGAGAUGAUGACCGGAGUCACGCCAUACUGGGAUUCAGAUCAAAACAAAAUGUAUCGACGUGUAUUAGAAGAUAAGCUUGCAUUUCCAGAGGAUAUGAUGUUUGAAGCCAUGGAUUUGUUACGUGGUUUAUUACAACGUGAUCCAACUCUUCGUCUUGGAUGCGGACCUUCAGGAACUAUGGAAAUCAGAGGACAUAUGUAUUUUGAAUAUGUUAAUUGGGAUGAUGUUUAUCAUAAACGUACACGUCCUACUUAUAUCCCAACAAUUGAUCAUGAAACGGAUCUUCAAAAUUUCGAUGAUACGUUCGUUAGCAUGACACCAAAAUUGUCAAUACCAAAACAAGAUUUAGAUAGUGGCGUACAACAAUAUUUUAUUGGUUAUUCAUUCUCAGAAAGAUUACCUACAAGAUCUCCAUCAUCGUCACAAUUUAGAUCCGAACUAAGUAGAAGAAGCAUAACUAGUUCACUUGCUGGCAUACCCUCUCAUGGAAGUCGAUCUUCUAUAACUUUACCCGGUUUUGAACGGGAAGAUUAUGAAUAUAAUGAUGUUAUAUUUAGUGGAAUUUCAUGUUCAAACACAAUACAAACUAUUCCGUCUGAUGAUAUUAGCGAAUAUGAAUUAGAUCAACAUCACCAUUAUUCUAAGCGUCAUACCAUGAUGUUGGGUGAUAACAAUAUGAAAUAUCGAAAUCAUUAUUAUCAAAAUUCAAGGUUAUCAUCACAAUUCAUGGAUGAAGAUCAAUAUGGUGGAAGUGGAAGCAAUAAUUCAUCUUCAUCCGUAUUAGAUCGUAGAGGAAAUUAUACAUCCGUAUUCCCUACUUAAGAACUUAAGAAAUUAAGAUUCUCAUCCCUACACGAUUUUCAUUCAUUCAUUCAAAAAAAAAAGACUUUUUUUAUAUUAGGAUAAAAAAAGGGUAGCAAUAGGAAUAAGUGAAAUUCAUGCAGGUCUUUGUUUCGUUUAAUUCAUUUUUUGCUACCUUUUUUUUAAAAAAAAAAAAAUUGUUGCAUAUUAUUUUGUAAUUUGUUUGGGUCUCUGUGUUUACAUAUUAUAGUUUGGGUUGGUCUUAAUUAUGGGUCACAAAAGUGUAGUUUCUUUUUUGUAAAUUUCACACUAAAAAAAAUUUUUUUUUUUUUUUAAAAAAAAUUUUUUUACAUUUUAGAAAUGCUUUCAUAGAAAAAAUUCCAUUUCAUUUUUUUUGUAUAAUAAUUCUAUUAAUCACAUUAUUAUUCCACACUCACAAUUAAACAUAUUUUCUUUUGCACUAAAAAAUUAAGUACUUUCGUUUUUUGUGAAAU